AUGGCGGCCCGGGUAGUGCUGGACGAGUUCACGGCGCCCGCCGAGAAGGCGGCCCUGCUGGAGCGGAGCCGCGGGCGCAUCGAGGCUCUGUUCGGCGUGGGCCUGGCGGUGCUCGGCGCCCUCGGGGCAGAGGAGCCGCUGCCCGCGCGCAUCUGGCUGCAGCUCCGCGGCGCCCAGGAGGCGGUGCACAGCGCCAAGGAGUAUAUCAAGGGGCUCUGCGAGCCUGAGCUGGAGGAAAGGGAGCGCUACCCCAAGGCCAUGCACUGCAUUUUUGUUGGGGCACAGAGCCUCUUUUUGAAGAGCUUGAUUCAGGAUACUUGUGCUGACCUCUGCGUUUUAGAUACUGGGCUUCUUGGCAUCCGAGGAAGUGCCGAGGCUGUGGUCAUGGCCAGGAGUCACAUUCAGCAGUUUGUAAAACUCUUUGAGAAUAACGAGAACCUCCCCAGUAAUCAGAGAGAGUCGGAAAUCAAACGGGAAUUCAGACAGUUUGUCGAAGCCCAUGCAGACAGUUACACAAUGGACCUGUUGAUUCUGCCUACUUCCUUGAAGAAGGAACUACUGAGUCUCACCCAGGGGGAAGAGAAUCUGUUUGAAACAGGAGAUGAUGAUGUCAUUACUGUUGGAGACGUGCGGCCACCAGAGUUCACACAGAGUGCUGCCACAGGACCGAGUAUUGCUAGAGAUGAAAUUAUUGUACAGGAAGAUUCCAGAAAUAAAGCGAGGACCCCUGUUUCUGAGCUUACAAAACAAAUGAACACAGUCUUUUCUAGUUCACCAGAUGUGCUUUUUGUUCCAGUGAAUGGUCUAAGUCCAGAUGAAGAUGCUGUUUCCAAAGACAGAGUUUGUCACAAGAGGAGGUCUUCUGAUACGGAAGAAAGGCAUACCAAGAAGCAGUUUUCCUUAGAGAAUGUUCCAGAAGGGGAGCUUUUGCAAGAUGAUAAGGCAUCAGCUGGAAGUGAAGUCAUCGACCUGUCUGAUCCUGCUACGAACUCUACAAAUCUAAGCCCUGAUGGAAAAGACACUACAGAAGAAAUGGAAUACAAUAUCCUUGUUAACUUCUUUAAAACCAUGGGCUAUUCCCAAGAGAUUGUUGAAAAGGUCAUUAAGGAGUAUGGGCCUUCUACAGAACCAUUAUUGCUCUUAGAAGAAAUUGAAAAAGAAAAUAAAAGGCUCCAAGAAGACAGAGACUUUCCACCUUGCACUGUGUAUCCAGAGGCCAGUCAGAGCAGAAGUGCAGGAGUUGGGAGUACCACAAAUGAACUCACAGCAGAUUCCACUCCAAAGAAAACACAGAGUUCCACAGAGCAAAAUAUGGUGGAACGAUUCUCUCAGUUACCAUUCAAAGACUCUAAACAGUGUACCUCAAACUGCAGAAUUAAUUCUUUCAGAACAGUGCCAGCGGGACAGAAACAUGAGAUCUGGGGCUCAAAGCAGAACUCAGGUUGUCCUGUAGACCUGGAGACCGAUGGCCCCUCGGUCUCUGCUGCCUCUGCCAGCCCUAAAGAUGUCAGUUUUGUUUCAAGGGGAGCUGUAGGGCACCAACAGAGAAACCCAGCUUUUCCUGAAAAUGGUUUUCAACAUCAAGCAGAACCUUUGCUUCUAAAUAAUAUGAAGCCUGCCUCUGAAAAGCGUUCUGGCUGCUCUAGCUCUCCUCAGCCUAAGCCAAAUUAUCCUCCACUUUCUCCACCACUGCCGCUGCCCCAGCUGCCACCUUCAGUUCCUGAGGCUCGAUUCGGGGGAUCCUCCGAUCAUAUCGAUUCCUCAGUUACGGGGGUUCAAAGGUUUCGAGACACCUUAAAAAUACCUUACAAGCUGGAACUAAAAAAUGAACCAGGAAGAGCAGAUUUGAAGCAUAUUGUUAUUGAUGGGAGUAAUGUUGCAAUUACCCAUGGUCUGAAGAAGUUCUUUAGUUGCCGUGGAAUAGCGAUUGCAGUUGAGUAUUUCUGGAAGCUCGGCAACAGAAACAUCACCGUGUUUGUCCCGCAGUGGAGAACGAGACGGGAUCCCAAUAUCACAGAACAGCACUUCUUAACCCAGCUCCAGGAGCUUGGAAUAUUAUCUUUAACUCCUGCCCGGAUGGUCUUUGGAGAAAGAAUUGCUUCUCAUGAUGACAGGUUCCUUCUUCACUUAGCGGACAAGACUGGGGGUAUAAUUGUGACAAACGAUAACUUCAGAGAGUUCGUGACUGAGUCAGUGUCCUGGAGAGAAAUUAUUACAAAAAGACUGCUUCAGUACACGUUCGUGGGGGACAUAUUUAUGGUUCCUGAUGACCCUCUGGGAAGAAACGGACCUCGGCUAGAAGAAUUUCUUCGAAAGGAGGUCUUUCUUAGAGACAUGCAGCCGCUCCUCAGUGCCCUGCCAAGUGUGGGCACGUUUGACCCUGGCUUCCGGGGUCCUAGCACCCAGGUAGCCAACACCAGCCACCAGCCUCCACCCCGGAUCCAGGCCUCUUCAAGCCCUUGGCUUCCUCAGCAGCCCCACUUCACACCCCUGACCACCCUUCCCAAUAUGCAGCAGAACCUUCCCAUGCCAGCACAGAGAUCUUCUGCAGAGACCAGCGAGCUGAGGGAGGCACUGCUGAAGAUCUUCCCUGACUCUGAGCAGAAACUGAAGAUCGAUCAGAUCCUGCUAGCUCACCCGUACAUGAAAGACCUGAAUGCCCUGUCUGCCCUGGUGUUGGACUGACGGCUGGACUAGAGCCCACUGAUGACGGGGAAACGAGGGAGCCGCCAACUGUGGGAAGUACUGUAAUGUGAAGAAGCCUUCCCAGAAAACAUUGCUGUGUUGUAUAGAAAAAGGAGGGAGAUGUUUUGUGUAUACAAAAAUCUGGGUUUUCAAAGCCAGCUUUUUUCUAUAUAUAAAUUAUGCUGCUAUUACAGAUUUAACAUUUUCUGUAAAAGGAAAGUACAUUUUCUGCCUGUUCAGAACUGUUUAAUAGCAGUUACUCUUGAGUGUAUUUUCAAUUUUAUGUUUUUUAAACUAUUUUCCUUAAAGCAGAAGAAAAAUUGACAAAUAAAUAUGGUUCGCCUUUCUAAAUAAAAUUUAAAAAAAAAAUAAGAAAAAAAAGGAGUUGCUUCCUUAAGGAAAGCAAGACUUCUUAAAGUCUAUUUUCUUGAGGUAAUCUGUCCUGUCCACUAAACAUGGCGUGUGCCCCCCUCCUUUAUCCCUAGAGUUGGCCUGCUCUGCUCUUGUGGGGCUUCCUCAGUGAGCCAUUGUGAGAGUGGGGAAGUGGAGCCACUAGAUGGCACCUGACGUCUGGGCUGGCACCAAUGGCCAGAGUCAGACUCUGAAGAGCAGGUGGGAAGUCUUAGAGGCGGUAUGGCCCCACCUUCCUUCCCCUCCGCUGGACAGAGAAGGGAACUGAGUCCCAGCAUACUCCCUGGCUGGCGUAGCACCGCAGUACACUCACCAGCCAUGGCCACCAUGCUCCCAACCUGGCUCCACAGCUACCUUAGCCUCAGAAGGCAAGGUAGGCGCUGAAGCCUCUGGUGAGGAGACCCCCCCAUGUGGAGUUUGUACAGCUUUGCCAAAAAGUUUUCUAUUCUCAAGGAUGACCCAAGCCAAUAAAUAGCAUUAGUAGUUUCAGAGGGGGCAUCCAAGCCCUGUAGUUCCCUUCUUUUGUCUCCUUAGUGGCUCCUUAGCAGCUCUCCUGAGUCUUUCAGAACCAGUUAUCUCAGUAUUGUCCUUUCUCAGUGUAGCUUGAAGUCUGUGUCUGUGAAACUCUUCCUGGUCAUUCUUAGCGUCUUGACUCUCACCUGGACCUUCAAAGGGCUUUGCGUUUCCCAUCCAUGCUGUCUCCAGGCCCUCGUGGUUAAAUUCACUGCCCUGUGGUUUGUCUUUCUCCCGGUCCCACAAGUAACCGAGGACUUGGUGCUGGUUUGUUAUCCGUGGUGCAGGGACUGUGUAGAUCACAGAAUGCUGCCACCAUGCUGUGUCUUGGUUCAUUGAUCCCUGCAUCCCACAGGAAAUGAAUACAGAGCCUUCUAGGUGGCCAUACUUAUAUAUUCUCUCCUGAAUUUGUUGGUGAUCCAGCCUGCUGGGGAGCUGUUUGUCAUUUGUCACUAGGGGUUUUCAGACCUGCAGGCUGUGCAAGUAGAGAACAGAGACUUCUAGCCAGCCCCAGGAGUUGAUCCACCACAGCUCCCCACCCUGUGCCACAGCUUGGGAGCACAGCAAAGGUCCCAAGGCAGAGCUGUCUCCAGGGCUUCCUUGGUCUGGUCAAUCCCAGUCCAGCAUUGCUGAAAACCAGGAGAGCCAGGAUGCUGGCAGGGAGGAGCACAGGCUUUCAAAGGCCCUGCAGUCAGCCUGAGCUUUGAGUUGUGUGUGCUUCUGUGUUUUUAGUAUUGUUUCUGAGAGAUACCUACCCAUCUUCCCUUGUUCCAUAUAGGAGGGAAGAAAAAGCUGGAGGAAACCAAAAGGCAUUAAUUACUUUGUAGAUUAUAAUGUGAAAUAUAAUUCUAGAUUCUUUGUGAAAUCUGUCACAUUUAGGUAUCACAUUUACAGCCCAGUUAUCCAGCCACUGAAGAAAGCUCACAACUUGCUUCUUUGCCUCAUCCAAAGCUCUGUUGCUGCUAGGUGCUUGUAGAUGCUUGACCUCCUUCCAGUGCCUCCUCAUUGAGUUCCUUGGGAUUCCUCCCUCUGUGGAGUGCCUCUGCCUCCUGUGUAUCCUGACAUUUGGGUGAGGUGGCCAGCACAGCUAAGGCUGACACCUUUGGUCAUUUGACGAGGUGUCUGGUGGAGUGUGUUUGUGUGUGUGUGUGUGUGUUAGGCUCAGCUGUAUUGCUAGGACUUGCUUUAAGACAUGAAAGAGAACGCCACCUCUCCUUGCCAGUCCCAAGUACCUAGCCCUCCCCCUGGGAGGGACAUCUGCUGCAGGCAGACCCUCAGCACCAGGCUCACCCAGGUUCUGCCUGCUUCCCACACCUCCCCAGUGCUGUCCCUCCUCAGCAUUCUGAGCCACCUCAGCUGGGUCCAUCAGUUGCACUGCUCUCCUGCACUGUUACUUGGUUCCUCCGAUCCCUGUAGUUAAAAUGCCUCGUUCUGCUUCUAAGGCUUCACUCUGCCUUCCCACUUUUCCCCUCCCCAGUCUGGAAACUGGGCUUCUGCCCACCACAUGGGAGUAACCUGGGAAAUCACUGCUUGCCAUUUUCCUUGUUAAUGGAGUAGCUACAGACAGCAAAGCCACUGGCCUUACUCUCUUUGAUGUCCUUCUUGAAGCCCUCUAUUCCUUUCUUCUCCUUACUGGACUAUCCUUAAUACAGUUUCUCAGCAGGUGGUUCUCAAGCUGAACCACCCUUAGGGCUCACAGUGAAAAGGGCAGCCCCUGCUAAAAGGCAGGCUGUCAGUCACCACCCUGAUGGGUGGACUCAGUGCUCUAGAGGAAAGCCUGGAGGCUUGUCACUGCCACACGCCCUGAGUUGCUGUGGUAGGUGGUCUUGAACUGGAUUUACGUAGGAGUCACCACUCUCCUAACUCUCCCCUCCACUCUAGUUCUCUAGCCCUCUGGGAUCCUGCCUCCCAGAACCUCGGCCUACAGCCUGCCAUUUCUCACCUAACCCUGAGGUCCCAUGUAUCUAUCCUUCUUGGCCCUUGGCUUGCUACUGCCCAUCACUUGUUCCCACAAUCCUCCAUGACACUGGUUCCUCAUUGCUUACCUUACAGCUCUUCCCUCUCCCUAAUUCCGGGGGACUCCAAGUUCAUCUUCUAGAGUUCAUCUUUUGCAUCAUCCUCUUCCUCUGUGAUCUCUAGCUGCAACCAGAGCAUCAAGUUCCUACCCUCUGAGCCUCGUGUCCACGGCUACUGCCCCAUGGCCAUACUCGACAGUCUUUCUAUCUUUCGCCAUGAUCCUCACUCCAGCUACCCAGAUCUAGGUUCCCCAUGAGCCCUGUUCAUGUUUAUUCCUCUUCCAGAAAUGCCCUUCUGCCCUACAGCCUGCCUCCUCAAAGGCCCAGCCCUGAGUUCUCUUUGUGUUCUGAGCAGAAGCAGCCCCAUGCUAUUCUGUAGCCCCACAGCACUUGGUGUCUCGCUUCUGGUUCUUACCACUCUGGCAGGUGUAGCUGCAGCCAACUGUGUACUGUGUUGCCUCCCUCUAGACUGUGAGCUCCUCGUGGGCAGGGACCAUAUGGUCACUCUGUAUCUCUUGUGGCACCUAACAGUGCCUUGCACUUGGUAGGUGCUCAAUAAAUGUCUGUUCAAGUAA